AUGGCGUAUUAUACGCUCCAUGAAAAAGAAAAUUCUUGGUCAGAAGCCGUUGCGACUUUUUCAAAUCCUGGCAAUGUCCCUGUCCCAAUGAAAGGUUGUUCGACAAAAUACUUCGGGGAUAACUGCGAAUAUCAGUGUCACUGUAAUAGGGAUGAAGAUUGCAGCCAAGACGGGUCUUGCCCAAAUGGAUGUGCCAGUGGAUGGGAUGGGGAGUAUUGUCAGCGCGGUAAUGUUGCUGCAGGAAAGUCUUCAGACGCAUCACAGGGAACGACCAAUGGCACGCAUUACGCCUCUUUGGCUCUGGAUGGUUAUACGAAUCAGGCGUUUUUAACAUGCAGUCAUACGAACCGACGCGAACCUUGGUGGCAGGUGGAUCUAGGGAGGAACUAUGUCCUAUUUACAGUGACAAUAUGGACAAUGGCUGAAAGUGAGUGCAAGAAUACUACGAUAGGUGCAGAAUACAGGGGAACACAGAACAAGACGUUGAUGGGUUUCACCUGUGCGGAUUGGCUUGUAUACAAUGGCUACUAUACGCCGGCUGACUCCUACAAUUACUGUCGGAACCCAGACAAUGCCACCCUUGGACCUUGGUGCUAUAUUACAGCCACACACACAUCUCACUAUGAUAACUGCUUUAUUCCAUCCUGUAAAAACAAACUGACGAAUUUUAAGAUCUUGAUAGAUGAGAAUAUCUGCCAUCAUGAAACUGGAACAGUACAGUUUAGUCGAGCACAAGAAAUUAAAUGUGACAAGACGGGUCCUGUUGUUGGAAAACGCCUGAAGAUCCAACGAAUGGAACCAUCGUCUUCUCUAACAUUGUGCGAAGUGAGCGUACAGGCUUUCCAAUAUAGAGAAUGCCACAACAAGCGCUAUGGCCCCAACUGCAACAACCAAUGCCAAUGUGCCAAUGAUGAAAAGUGCGAUGACAAGACAGGACAGUGUCCAUCUGAGUGUAACGAUCGCUUCACAGGCCCUUACUGUAACAUAGGGGCACCAGCAAUUACAAAGGAUGGUCUUUCCACCCCGACUUCCAUCAGCGUCCGGUGGCAGUACAUCCUUCACGACAGUGCCUUUGAUGCCGGCAAAUUUGAUCGGUUUGUUCUGAGAUACAUGGAACACUCGUCAACUUCUUCAACUGUCCACGCCGUACCAUUCUCGAGCCAUGAAAAUGUGACGCGUAACGUGACCGGUCUCAACCCAUCGACAGUAUACAGCUUCCAUGUGCAGCUCAUAUAUAAAAUUUCCACGAAAAGUGAGGAAGUAAAUGGAUCAGUUGAACACUUUCGAACUGAAUCAUGUGCAGGCUACAUGGGUUCGCCGAUGAUAACGCAAUCGGACUCAGUAGUGGGAGGAGGUGCCUGGCCAAACAGAGUAUCCCUUACAAUACACGCACAGAAACCAGAGAUGUUAGCUGACUGCUUUAAGGAUUUCCACGUGUACGCCAGGAAAACCACCGAAUCAAGCUACAUGAAAUUAACAGAGGCAGACCAAACUUACACUCUCCACAACCUUACAGCAUUCACAGAGUAUGACAUCAAGGCGGCUGUGACAAGUCCCGAUGGACAAGAGAAACAUAAGCUUCAGAAGAUAACAACAGCAGAAGAUGUUCCGUCAGUGCCGACCAUUGUGAAAAUUGGGGGAAAUCUCACUUCCGUGUCCAUCAAAAUCACCCAGCCAGACCAACCAUAUGGAGUUAUCCAGAAAUAUGACCUUGCAAUGUGGGAGAGGGGCAGUGUGAACCAUACGGUCUCCAGCCAAGGACCAACCAAUCUUACCCUCACCUUCAACAAUCUGAAGCUAAACACAACGUACAAUUUCAAGGCGCGAGCAUUCACAUCAUAUGGCGGUGGAGAGUGGACUGAGGUUAUGAGUGUCAUCACCGAAGAGAACAGUACAUUGUCAACUUUGUCAGUUGUCCCCGUCGAUACUGGAAAGGGGUAUUCAAAUCUGCAAGGUCGAACCGUAACGAUUUCUGAUCUGGCUCCUUAUGUCAAGAGUAUCAGGGGCGAUAGAGCCGUGGAAUUUAAGGAUGAGUUUGGAGAGUUGCCAGUGGAUGUUGUAAGGUCAACCAAAGAAGCGAAGAAACCAGGAAACAACGCGCUUAACCGCUACAAGAACACAAUAACUUAUGAUCACAGUCGUGUUACCCUUCAGCCCAUUGGAGAAGAGCAAUCGGACUACAUCAAUGCAAGUUACAUCCAUGGUUAUGAUAAGGAGAAAGCUUACAUUGCUUCUCAGGGUCCGCUUCCUAAGUCCAUUACGGCUACAUGGAGAAUGAUAUGGCAAGAACGCUGUGACACCAUCGUCAUGCUCACCAAGACAAUAGAAAAGAAAAAGGUUUGUAAACAUUAA